AUGAGUAGUAUAACUCCUGCUAAACGUUCCCCUGUUCAUGUUUUACUUGGCGCCCAGUGGGGUGAUGAAGGAAAAGGAAAAAUCAUUGACUAUUUAAUUAAUAGUGGAUCAAAGUAUGAUAUAACGGCUCGUUGUCAAGGAGGAAAUAAUGCUGGACACACUGUUGUUGUUAAUGGAAAAAAAUAUGAUUUUCAUCUUUUACCGUCAGGAGUUUGUAAUGAUACUUGUAUGAAUGUUAUUGGAAAUGGAAUUGUUUUUAAUAUUGGUGCUUUUUUUGAUGAAAUCAUACAUAAUGGUAUUGAUCAAAUUAAAGGAUGGGAAAAAAGAAUACUUGUAUCAAAUAGAGCUCAUCUUGUUUUAGGAAUUCAUUCUCAGGUUGAUGGUCGACAGGAAGAAAAACUUUCUGAUAGUGCUAAAAUUGGUACAACUAACAGAGGAAUUGGUCCAACAUAUUCAUCAAAAUGUUUUAGAAAUGGACUUAGAGUUAUUGAUAUUUUGGGUGAUUUCGAUGAAUUUUCAAGAAAAUACAAAACACUUGUUGAACAUUAUUGCAAACAAUUUCCAAAUAUUGUUAUUGAUGUUAAUGAAGAAUUAAAACAUCUUAAAGUAUAUGCUGAAAAAUUACGUAAAUUAAAUAUUGUUACUGAUACAGCGGGAUAUUUAGAUAAUGCUCGCCUUGAAGGUAAGAGCAUCUUAGUUGAAGGUGCUAAUGGUACUCUUCUUGACAUUGAUUUUGGAACAUAUCCAUUUGUCACUUCUUCCAACUCAACUGUUGGUGGUGCAUGUACUGGUUUAGGAAUUCCUCCAACUUCUAUUACUGAAGUUAUUGGAGUAGUUAAAGCUUACCAAACACGUGUCGGAACGGGCCCAUUCCCAACUGAACAAAUUAAUGAGAUUGGUGAAAAACUUCAAUCUGUUGGACAUGAAUUUGGUGUUACAACUGGACGUAAAAGAAGAUGUGGAUGGCUUGAUCUUUUCCUCCUCAAAAGAACAGCAAUUAUAAAUGGACUUACUCAAAUUGCAUUGACAAAAGUUGAUAUUCUUGAUACAUUUAAUGAAAUUAAAGUUUGUAUUGGUUACAAACUUAAUGGUAUUCCAAUUUCAGAGCCACCAGCUCUUGCUGAUGAUUGGGAUAGAGUUGAGACAGAGUACAUUUCAAUGCCAGGUUGGAAUUGUGAUACUUCUAAUGCAAGAUCUUUUGAUCAACUUCCAGAGAACUGCCAAAAAUAUGUUAAAUAUAUUGAAAAUUUCGUCCAGGUUCCAGUAAAAUAUAUUGGAGUAGGAGUUGAAAGAGAUGCUUUGAUUGUUUGUUAUUAA